AUGUCUUGCUACAAGGGGAAAUACGCUGAUGAACUUAUUGCCAAUGCUGCGUACAUUGGUACCCCGGGGAAGGGUGCCCUUCAAUACCUCAGUGGAGUUAUCCUCUUUGAGGAAACUCUCUAUCAGAAGACUGCUGCAGGUAAACCUUUUGUCGAUGUCUUGAAAGAGGGUGGUGUUCUCCCCGGAAUUAAGGUUGACAAGGGUACUGUUGAGCUUGCUGGUACUAAUGGUGAGACCACCACCCAAGGUCUAGAUGGCCUUGCCCAGCGCUGCCAGAAAUAUUAUGCUGCAGGUGCCCGGUUUGCUAAAUGGAGAGCUGUGCUCAAGAUUGGUCCCAGCGAACCAUCACAGCUAGCUAUCAAUGAAAAUGCUAAUGGUCUAGCCCGUUAUGCCAUCAUCUGCCAGGAGAAUGGUCUGGUACCUAUUGUUGAGCCUGAAAUCCUCAUUGAUGGACCCCAUGACAUCAACAAGUCUGCUGAUGUAACUGAGCGUGUUCUUGCUGCCGUCUACAAGGCACUAAAUGACCACCACGUUCUCCUCGAGGGAACUUUGUUGAAGCCUAACAUGGUUACCCCGGGCUCUGAUGCUCCAAAGGUUGCACCAGAAGUCGUUGCUGAGUACACGGUUUGUGCCUUGCAACGCACAGUGCCUUCUGCAGUCCCUGCUGUGGUGUUUUUGUCGGGUGGACAGAGUGAAGAGGAGGCCACACUCAACCUUAAUGCAAUGAACAAACUAAAGACUAAGAAGCCAUGGACCCUGUCUUUCUCGUUUGGACGUGCUCUCCAGCAGAGCACCCUUAAGUCUUGGGCUGGAAAGGAAGAAAACAUUCCGAAGGCUCAGGCCGUGUUCCUUGCUAGGUGCAAGGCCAACUCAGAGGCAACCCUCGGAACUUACCAGGGCAGCAGUGCAUUGAGCGAGGGUGCCUCUGAGAGUCUCCACGUCAAGGACUACAAGUACUAG